AUGUCCGUACCCAGCACAGGAUUGAGCAAGCUAAAGAAGAAACAUAUUCGUGUUAAGCAUCAAAAAGUGAAAUUGUUUCGUGCUAAUGAACCGUUACUGUCCGUUUUUAUGUGGGGAGUUAAUCAUACGAUUAAUGAACUGAGCCAUGUUACCAUACCAGUUAUGCUACUGCCAGAUGAUUUUCGAGCAUAUUCAAAGCUUAAAGUCGACAAUCACUUGUUUAAUAAAGAAAACAUGCCAUCCCAUUUUAAAGUAAAAGAAUACUGUCCACUGGUAUUCAGGAAUCUUCGAGAGAGAUUUGGGAUCGACGACCUUGACUAUAAGGAGUCUCUCACAAGGUUUAGAAAGCCAGAUAACUACCUGUGUUCGCGGACAAUGAAGAGGAUUACCAGUAAACUGCGGCGGUCUGAAACCGCACCAUCCUGUUUUGCCAACAUGAAAAACGAAACUCACCAAGAGGGAAUAUUCCACGAUGCGAGUGCACUCGUUAAGUGUGGCUUGACGAUUAAACGCCUGAGAUCUCAGCCGAUUCCGGACGACUCGUCCGGCAAGUCGGGCGCCAAGUUUUACCAGAGCUAUGACCGCUUGUUCAUUCUCAAGACCCUUACGUCCGAGGAGGUGGAGAGGAUGCACUCGUUCCUGAAGCAUUAUCACCCAUAUAUUGUCGAGCGACACGGAAAGACCCUGCUACCACAGUACCUCGGUAUGUACCGGCUGACGGUAGACGGCAUUGAGCACUACCUCGUCGCAACCAGAAAUGUCUUCUCCAACCACCUCAAUAUACACAGGAAGUACGAUUUGAAGGGAUCGACAGUGGACCGCGAGGCGUCCGAGAAAGAGCUGGAAAAGGAGUUGCCCACCCUCAAGGAUAACGAUUUCAUAAAGCAAGGCGUCAGGAUUGACAUUGGUGACGCCGCUAAAGAAAAGCUACUCGAGACUCUCACCGCUGAUGUGGAGUUCCUAACGAAACUCCACCUGAUGGACUACUCGUUGCUGCUGGGCGUGCACGAGUGCGGGCGCGGCGAGGCCGAGGCCGAGGCGGCGCGCCAGCGCGAGGCUGAGGCCGACAGCGAGCCUGACUCCGACACCGACAGCGACACCGACAACCGCCACCACGGCGACAGGUGGGGCUACAACACGCCACCCGACAGUCCGCGCGGCUUCGCUCGCCAGUCUUCGCUCCGCUACGAGGGCAUCAUACCGGAACUCGAUAUAUACGCGAUUCCCAGCCAGGAAGGUGCACCUAAGAAGGAGAUAUAUUUCGUGGCUCUAAUCGAUGUCCUGACGCACUACGGUGUUAAGAAACAGGCAGCAAAAGCAGCGAAAACAGUGAAAUACGGCAGCAACGUCGACGGGAUAUCAACCUGCGACCCCGAGCAGUACGGCAAACGAUUCAUAGAGUUCGUUGCUAAAGCGAUCGAAGGCAACUAG